AUGUGUACGUCAUCUAUACUCCAUCUUUGUACCAUCUCCCUAGAACGAUUCAUUGUCAUCCGAAAUCCGCUGGAAUCCACUGAUAUCUUCAUCAUAUACGGAAGUGUAAGUGCUUCUUACAUUCCGCUAACUAUUAUGUGGAUUCUAUUCGGCAUGCCGAUACAGCUAUUACGGAAACAGUAUAAACUUUGCGACCCGAAUCAAAUUCGCGAUAGCCCACUGGACCAACGUUAUAAUGAUUUAAACGACAAUGAAGCCAAGUCAGUGACACGAACGUUCAGUGCUCCUGCAGAGCUGCACUCAAUACGUCGCCAAAUUUCAAACUCAGGCUCACAUAACAGUUCAGUGGAAAAAAAAGACUCAGUAAACACAAGUGAAUUGUUUAAAAUUCUGUUUCUGUCUUUCGUAGUGUGUUGGGCCCCUUUUUUUAUAGAAAGUAUUCUAACAGUGUUGUGCAAAUCUUGCAUAUUUGAUCGAGUGCUUAUGACAACUGUCCUUGGUACCUUUGAUACAUAUCCAGUACCUUGA